UACUUUGCCGUCUUAGGCGAGUAUUGGAACACAUCCUUUGUUCGUGGCUUUUGUACAUGCUUUUGUAGUUCGCGAUCUCGGCUUUCGCGAAGUGUCGUCUGUGUCGCUCUUUAUUUCGCGAAAUAACGACCCUAUCUGUUCUCUGAAAGGAGUACGAUCGCGUCAGGUUAAGGCUUUUUGCGUUAAUAAAUGUGUUCAUAGUCGCGAUACGUCCUACUCUAAAGUGAGAAUCGAAUAUGAAUGAAAACAUCGAAAAAACAGACUGUGGCGAUCGCUGCGAUACUAACCUAAAAAGGGAGGUUAAUUCUGCUGAAAACCAGGAUGAUGAGCCACCUCUCAAACACCUAAAGCAGGAAGAAGAUCACGAACAAGCUUCAUCUAGUGAAGUGUUCUUUAUUGAUAACAAAUGUGAUAAAGAUGCCUACACAAGGUUCAUGUCCAUGGAUGAUAGUGAAAAUACAGACGAGCAGCCGUCAUACCGUACUGAUGAUUUCAUUCAGCUUGAUGAUUCCGAGCCAGAUGAACCAGCGGCCGGUGAUGCACCACCCCAACCCAGUGUUGUAUGCUUCAACUGUGGUGGCAAGCACUUCUUGAAUGCAUGCACGAAGGAGAUUGACAUGGCACGUGUAUCCCAAAAGCGCAGGGAAAUGGCCAGAGAGAGGGAUGUAGCACCAAAAAAAUUACGCUACUUCGAGCAUGAGAUGCUGUCGCAACGUUUCCAACCUGGAAAAUAUAGCGAGGAGUUGAGAAAUGCUUUAGACUUGCAUCCAGAAGAUCUGCCUCCAUUCAUCUAUAGAAUGCGUGUGCUUGGGUAUCCACCAGGCUGGCUUACAUAUGCAGAAGUUGAAAACUCGGGGCUUAAGAUCUAUGGCUUGGAUGAUCCUGGCACACCAGAUAAAAACAUAGAAGAUGGAGAAGUAGACUGUGGUGAUCAGCAAGUGCAAUAUGACCCAGCCCGGCUGGUUGACUUUCCCGGCUUCAACGUUCCUGUGCCCCUUGGUGUUCGUGAUUUGUGUGAAGAGUAUGGAAUGCCACCAAUGCUUCAACACCAGCAGAGGUCUGAAGCUGAAAAAUAUUUGAAAGCACCGGUUGCAAAAAGCUUUAAUCAACGGCAGAAGCUGCCACCACCAGCCAUACAACCAAGCACAGACAUUGGUCAAGUAGUGGACAUGCACAUUGAUGAUGGAGCUGAUGACGAAGAGGUUUGCUUUGAAGCUGAAAACAUUUCUGCAGUGGCGACAGCGGAUUCACCGACAGACUCAAAGUGUGCCAGCACAAAUAUCUGCCAAGAAUGUCUUGUUCCUGAGCUUCCAAGUGUAGCCUCUGAUUGCAACAAUGCAGCUUCUUCAAGCAGCAGAGAAUCCACUGAACGUGAACAGCCCAACCCAGUAACCGUUCAAAAUGGCAGCACCUCCAAUUCUGACGACUCCCCAUCGGGGACACCAAAAGGCAAGACCCACAAAGUUACCUUGGGAACACCCAUGCUCAUUGGCUUCAGCAAGUACACGUCACUGCCACCACGUGAGAACUUCGCCAAGGACAUGACCGACUACAUCCCUUUUGAGAACUUGCCUGGUACCACUGGGAGAUAUGAUAAGCUGCGUACAGUUAUUGAGAAAGUGCGUGCUCUACGAGAAGAAAAUGAGAAAAAUGAGGACUCGUAAAAUGACAUGAACUUCAAGUUCACAGAUUUACAUGCAGUGCAUGAAAGUAUCUUCCAAAUAAUGCUGACGAUAAAAGUCGCCUUGCGACAGUGUUUACAAAAAUUAGGACUCGUGAAAUGACAUGAACUUCAAGUUUGCAGAUUUAGGUACAGUGCAUGAAUAUCUUCCAAGUAAUGCUGACAAUAAAAGUAUGUCACCUUAUGA